AUGUCCGUCAACACUUCUAGGAACCGCAAUAUAUUGGAAGGGCUUUUCAAAGAACUCCUGGAUAUGAGAGACCGUGUCCCAGAGGAUGGCCAUAUAAGCAUUGCUAGAUUUCGAGACAUCGAACAUGUAACCCAGUUCAACUUUAAUGAGUUGGACAGCGCUGAAGUCAACUUGGCACUGGUUCCCCCUGUUUUGUUUGAGCCGAUGGAUUGGGCGAGUUUGAAGCAGCAUCCAGUCGAUCCGGAGCUGGCACGAGAAUUCUUCGACAUCGACCAAGACGACGAAUGCGACUUUCCAAUGGAGCCGGUGGAUCGUGUACGUCAAGUCUCUACACUCAUAGAAGAUCGCACCACACAUGAGGCCCGGUCUAAGCAGAAUCUCCAAACCGUCCACUACAAUAGUUCGUGGACCGCCCGGUGUCUGGUAGAGCCGUGCCCUGACGAUGUAAAAGUUUAUCCAAACUUAGCCUUCCACGUGCUUGGUGAUAAAGUGUCCAAUGAAGACUCCAUUCUGUACUCAGAGCUUAGCGCUAUCGUCGAGGCUAUGAAAGGCCGUGCAAAUCAACGCCGGGUGGAUUCUGAGCGUGGGCGGGAGGAACUUGAUGAGUGUGAUGGAAGAGGAAAAGAAGCGUAUCCCUAUCUUUUCAGCGAUGAAGAGUAUUUUCCUAUACUCGUGGUGUCUUGUGUUGCCCCCCAGCAUGCCAGGUUUGUGUUACCCGCCAAUAGGACUCAGUGGGAUAGCGCGGAGACUAUCCACAAAAUACAAGGCAAGAGCCUUCGAGCCUGGCCUGAUCUCAGGUCAGGGUCUAAGGUGAGUAUCGAACAGUUUCUUCUCUCCCGUGUGCUGUGCCCCCCGAGGCGUGGUCCAAGCCAGCUGGUCAACGGCCAGUUUGGCAUCACUCCUGCUCUCCUCACCCGAGCGAAAAACCUGCUACAAAUGAUCCCAAGCUACCAGUUAUACCUCCAGAACAUUGGAGGGAACAACUGGGCUGACCCAGCACUGGGUCCUUUUGGACCAGUACUGAGACUCCAGGCGGAGAUCCGUGCGGGAUGGGCGAAGGGCGGCGGGAAGCAGACCGAUGAAGACACUGUGAAUGCAGCCUUUAUCGAGCUCCUCAAUGCCCUGACCUCCUUGGUUCCCACCACGGACUCCUGGUGGAGGACAACGAAGCGCAGGUUGACGUUCACGGGCUUAAGGAAUGGAUACGUAGCCAUCACGGAUGGCCAGUUCGAGGUCAAGGCUACGGAGGAGAUCAGGACGCCCAUUGAAUGCAAAGGGAGGGAAAGGGAGAAAUUGAAUGCGAGGAUCACCAUGCAAGAAGUGGCCGAGCUCGUGGCCUGGGUAAAGGAGUAUCCUGAUGCCCGGAUAUCUCCUCCUGUGCGCUUUCGUCCACUUGCGGGCCAGUGUGGGCAAGAAAUCUUUCUGGAGAGCCUAGAGUAUGGGCAAGACUGGAUCAAGUACAUAAGACAGGGGCAGAAGGCGGGCAACUCUUUCGCAAAUCUACACAGUUACGGUCCGUACGACAUGAAUAAGGUUUCUGAUAUGAGACUUCUGGCGCCCGUGAUUGUCGCCAUGUCCUAUUAA